AUGACGUCCAGAUCAAUCGCCUCUUCCUCGGGGUCCUCCUCGCUUUUGUCGCAGAAGAAGAUGAACACGCCGCCCAGCUUCGUCAACGAAGCUCAGCGAACCCUCCUUUACUUCCGAGCUCUGGAUGCGGACUCUCCCGACUCCAUUCUCGGAGACGUCUACGCCAAACAGCUCGUCAAUAAGAUCCGCCUGGAUAUCGUCGACACGAUGGGCCAGGAUGUACGCUACGUGAGCUUCUGGUGUCUUCGUGCCAAAAGGAUCGACACGUGGUGCCGGGAUUUUCUCGCCGAGAAUCCAGAGUGCACUGUCGUGAACCUGAGCUGUGGGCUCGACACCCGGAUACAACGUCUGGAACCGCCCCGGUCUGUCCGAUGGAUUGAUGUCGACCACACGGAUGUCAUCGACUUUCGGAAACGCGUAUUCCCCACGCCUAACGGCGAUUACAGCGCCGUGGCUGUGGAUAUCGCGGACAACGACACCUCGUGGAUUUACGCCCUCCCCAACAGAAGACCGACCCUUGUCAUCGCCGAGAGUAACAUGUUCUAUCUGAGGCCAGAGGUCGCCAAGGGCAUUUUCUACACCAUUGCAGAGCAUUUUACCCAUGGUCAGAUUGUCUUUGACGUCCUCGGGUCUCUCUGCGCUAGCCUCAUCAAUAUGAAGAUGGCUACUGUCCAGAAGAAGACGGGCAUGAAGAUUCUCUGGCCUGUCAAUGACCCCCAAGUGAUGACACGCAUUCACCCCAAGAUUAGAUUCAUAGAUGAGUUGAGGUACACUGACGAUAUGCCACCCUGGUUUGGCGAGUUUAAGACCAAGAUCCUCAAGCUACUACCUGGCUACCGUAACCUUGGCAGAGUCAUCCUGUUGGGUUUCGAGGAGCAGAACCGGGGCUUGGAGAGCCGCGAGAUGUCGUUUGUAGACACAUCGUCGCAUCUCUCGGGGGACACUGAGUACUUCACUGGAAUGGCCGAAGGCUUGAGCAGAGUCUCGACUAUCCAACGAGAAUAA